UACCACUUAAUAUUCUCGACAUGUUCGUGUUGCUGCUCACAUAACAUACAUUCGAGACAUCUCCUGAGAAGACGUAAAUUACACAACUAAUUUUUAGCUUUCUAAGAAUUGUGUCGUCAUUUUAGAAAGCUCCGAUUGGUGUUUUUAUGUAAACACUUCGAUUUCCGGCUUCAUCAAACGACAUUUCCUACUUACUUUCGUUACAUUGACGACUGUAAACCAGAAAAGACAUCUGAUUUUCUUAUCGAGGAUAAAAUCUGCUGAUAAAAAAAACAUAGAAAUUAUUCUGAGAUGGAUCUUUGUACACGCUUUUUAUAUUUAAUAAUAAUAGCCAUUCCUUUCGUUUUAGGAGAAAAGUGCCAAUCAAAGAAUUAUGGAUACGGAAGUGUCGUAUGCGUAUGUAAUGUUACAUUUUGUGAUCAACUUGGCGAAAUAGUCUUGCCUACUCGGGGAGUGUUUAGAAUAUAUGAAAGCAACAAAUACGGUAUGAGAUUCUUUAAGAAAGACGUAAAUUUUUCUGCCAAUUUUAUCGGAAAUGAAAGUGUUGAAAUUACAAUUGAUAGAACUAAAAGAUAUCAAGAGAUUUUAGGAUUUGGUGGUGCUUUCACAGAUGCAUCUGGCAUUAAUAUUCUCAGUUUACCAGCCAAAUUACAAGAUCAAUUACUACGUGGUUACUACUCUUCAGAUGGUUUGGACUACACUAUUGGAAGAGUUCCUAUGGCCAGUUGCGACUUUUCCACCCGUGUCUAUUCGUACGAUGAUGUUCCUGGAGAUUUCAACUUAACACAUUUCAAUUUAACUAAAGAAGAUUUAGAAUUAAAGAUUCCUCUUAUUCUUCGAGCCGAAGAACUGCAAUCGAAAUCAAUAAAACUCUUUGCCAGUCCUUGGAGUGCACCUGGAUGGAUGAAAAAUUCAGGGAAAAUGGCUGGUCCUGGUGUUCUUAAAGGAAAACCUGGAGGAGAGUAUUAUCAGACGUGGGCAGACUAUUUUGUAAGAUUUCUUCAAGCUUAUGAAGAGCUCAAUGUGACAUUUUGGGGUGUGACGGCCGAAAAUGAACCAAUGGAAGGAUUCAUACCUAACUAUUCAUUCCAGGCAAUGGGAUUUACAGCACAAACUCAACGAGAUUUUAUUCGUUAUAAUUUGGGCCCGACUCUAAAACGUAACGGUUACGGAAUCGAUAAAUUGAAAUUAAUGAUCUUGGAUGAUCAAAGAUAUCUUUUACCAAAGUGGGCCGAAGUGGUUUUAAAUGAAACUGAAAUCUCUCAGUAUGUAGCCGGAAUUGCAUUUCAUUGGUAUGCCAAUGCUAUUUCUCCUCCUGAAAUACUAGACAUUACUCGAAAGAAAUUUCCUAAUAAAUUUAUAUUGUCGACGGAAGCUUGCGCUGGAUCUUUUCCUUGGGAUAAACCCAAAGUUAAAUUGGGAAGUUGGGAAAGAGGAGAAUCUUACGCCCAUGAUAUAAUACAGGAUUUGAACCACUGGACCUCUGGAUGGGUUGAUUGGAAUCUGGCACUUAAUCCAGAAGGUGGGCCCAACUGGGUUAAGAAUUUUGUCGAUUCUCCUAUAAUUGUAAAUGUCACGGCUAAAGAAUUUUACAGACAACCAACGUAUUACGCACUGGCCCAUUUCAGUAAACUACUUCCUCCGGGAUCCGUAAGAAUUGAUUCAAAUCUGAAAGGUUUGAAUGUAGACAAAUUUAAUAUCGUUGCAUUCGAAAGGCCUGACAAUGGAACUGUUUUAGUAAUAAUUAACAGUAAUGAUUUUCCGGUAGAUUUUAUUCUUCACGAUUCCGGACGCAGUUUAAACUAUGCCUCUUCGCCUCGUUCGUUUCAGAGUAUUCUUUGGUAGUCGAUUUUGAAAUAAUACAGUUUCGCUAAUAAAACAUAUAUUUUACUACAAUAUAUUUUACAAAUUCGUUCAGAAC